CCUGCAGAAACAAUGGCAGGAGAAAAUCACACUGAUAUAAAGGAAUUCAUUCUUCUGGGAUUUUCUGAUGUUCCAAAUCUUCGAGAGCUCUUAUUUGGAAUUUUUGUUAUAAUCUAUAUGAGCAUAUUGAAAGGAAAUGGACUUAUCAUUAUAAUAACCAAGUCUGACCCUGCUCUCCAAACACCCAUGUAUUUUUUCCUUGGGAAUUUUUCCUUUUUGGAAAUCUGUUACACUUCAGUGACUCUCCCUAGAAUGCUGGUAAACCUUUGGACACAAAGGGGAAAUAUUUCUCUUUCAACCUGUGCUAUACAACUUGGCUUCUUUCUGAUUCUUGGAGGUACUGAGUGCUUCCUCCUGGCAGUGAUGGCUUAUGACCGUUAUGUGGCCAUUUGUAGGCCUCUAUAUUAUCCUUUAAUCAUGAAUUACAAAAUGUGUGUCCAGUUGGUGAUUGGCUCCUGGAUAAGCGCAAGUCUAGUCCAAGCAGCGCUGACAUAUGAGAUUUUCUCUCUUCCCUUCUGUGGUUCUAAUAAGCUCAAUCAUGUUUUCUGUGAUGCUCCUCCCUUAGUAAAACUAACAUGUGGGGACAGUUUAUUUAAUGAAUUUCCAGUUUAUGCUAAUGCUGUGCUCUUUGGAAUGUUUCCAUUUCUAUUGAUAUUUAUUUCCUAUAUUAAAAUAAUCAAAACUAUCAUGAAACUUCCAUCAGCUACAGGGAGAUCCAAAGCCUUCUCUACAUGUUCCUCCCACCUUAUUGUUGUAGGCUUAUUUUUUGGGUCUGCUAUUAUUACAUACUUGCUCCCCAAAUCCAGAGAAUCAGGAGGGAGAGAAAAAGUGCUCUCUCUUUUCUAUACAACAGUGACUCCGUUGUUUAAUCCCCUAAUAUAUAGUCUGAGGAAUAAGGAUGUCAUUAUGGCAGUAAAGAAAUUGUUAUCUAAGUGGAUUGGAUUAUUCAGCAAAUAA